CAAUAUUGGAUAUUACGAAAGAAUCACCGGUCAUCAAAUGCUUGUUGAAGAUAUUUCUAAAAAUGCUUCCGAUUUAUACUCUAAUGAUAUGAUUCCUGCUUUUGUCAUUUUAAAUAUCACAUUGAAUGAUACAUUAUUCUUGAAUAAUUCAUUUUUAAGUUACAUUGGCAUUUAUUUCGAACAAGUCGUGUCAAAAUCUGAAAAACAAUUAUUUAAUACUAGUGUUUCAAGCCGAUUAAAUUUUUACGGCUAG